UUUACUUUUACCUAAGCCCCGCCUUCUCCUGUUAGCAACUUGUGGUUAGCUGGCUACCUAGCGAGGCUGUGCUCCGAGCUGUAGUCUUCAGACACCACCCCGACCCAAAGAUUGUCCACAUCAUUUUAUCGGUGAGUGAAGUCCAGAUGCAUGAGUCUGGGUCAGAUCAGACAAGCCACGCCAGCGCAGCUAUUCAGACAGAGAACGGGAAUAAUACUGAGAAUGAGAAUCGACUGAGCAACAGCCAGACUCCUCCUCCAGAGGCACCCAGGGUUCCAGUGUCGUUGUCCAUGAUGACCCCUCCAGCAGAGGCUCCUCAGCAGCUGCAGCUGACGCCCCAGCAGCAGAUCCUCAAUCCUCAGCAGCUCCAGGUCCUACUCCAGCAGCAGAAAGCCCUCAUGCUGCACCAGCAACAAAUUCAAGAGGUCUUCAAGAAUCAACAAGAGCAGCUGAAUUUACAGCUGCUACAACAGAAGAACACUGGGAUCGUUAGCCCAGAGCUGACAGCCCAGCAGAUGGCCAUCCAGCAGCAGCUCCUUCAGGUCCAGCAGCAACAUCUCCUCAACCUGCAGAGACAAGGCCUGCUCUCUGUCCUUCCCACCAGUCCCACCACAGCCCCAGGCUGUGAGAAUGGUAGCAGUUUGUCCUCUGCUGGAGACACCAGGGAAUCUUCCUGUCAACAAUCCACCACCAAUGGGCAUCACAUGCUCUCGAAGAAGAAAGACAGUGGUUCACUGGAUGAUCACACACAGACUAGCCAUCCUUUGUAUGGCAAUGGCAUGUGUAAAUGGCCUGGCUGUGAGACUGUCUUCGGAGAUUUUCAAGCGUUUCUCAAACAUCUGAACAGCGAGCAUACACUUGAUGACAAGAGUACAGCACAGUGUCGUGUGCAGAUGCAAGUGGUCCAGCAGUUGGAAUUGCAGUUGAAAAAAGACAAAGAGCGACUGCAAGCUAUGAUGGCCCACCUCAAGUCUUCUGAACCCAAACCAGCAGCACAGCCUGUCAAUCUGGCAGCUAAUGUGUCCUUCUCCCAGGCAACAUUGCCCAAAGGCCCUCCUCCUAUGAGCCUGUCCCAGAGUGCCACAGCACCGUCCACACCACUGACACCGCUGUCUGAGUCCCCCUCAGUCCUCACUCCCAAUAGCAUGUUCACUGGAACCCCUGUGCGGAGGCGAUACAGCAGGUCUAUGAGCCAAGAUAUCAUUGACAAUAAGGAGUUCUACCUGAGCACAGAAGUUAGACCUCCAUUUACAUAUGCAUCGCUCAUAAGACAGGCAAUAUAUGAAUCACCUCGCAGGCAACUGACAUUAAAUGAAAUCUACAACUGGUUCACAAGAACUUUUGCAUAUUUCCGGCGCAAUGCAGCUACUUGGAAGAAUGCUGUGAGACAUAAUCUCAGCCUGCAUAAAUGCUUUGUCCGUUUGGAAAAUGUGAAGGGAGCUGUGUGGACAGUAGAUGAAAUUGAGUUCCACAGAAGAAGGCCCCAGAAAACCACUGGAAAUGGAUCUCCUAUGCUGAAGAACCCUCAAAACCGUCAUGGCCAGAGCUUAGCUGCCUCUGUACCCCAGAGCGGUGGUCUGGACUGCAUCCCUCUGUUCAACCCAGCCUCUAUGGGCAGCAUUCCCAUGCACUCCUUGCCCCAGGUUCUGCAGGACCAGGUGAACGGAGGCCUUGCUUAUGGAACUGGAUACCAAAGUGACAGCAGUGCAACGCAGUCCCCUCCACAAGCUUUCAUAAAAGAAGAGCAGGAGGAUGAGGAGAUAUGUGAGAACUUUCCCUACGAAUCUCCAGAGAGCACAGAUGAGCACAGUCACAGCCCCGAGAUGAACCAAGAUGAAGACAACUGCAGCCCCGAGAGGCCCAACCUUCAGCUUGAUCGUGUGCCUUCGCUCUGACUAUGAGGUCCCAACUUCUCCCUUGCGAGGCUCCCAUUCACAGCUUAUGCGACUUUCUAUUACCAAAAGACUCAAGAAUUACUGCUUCAUCUACAUAACCAAAUGUGUUUCUUCUGAGCGAAGUACAUUUUUGUAUUUAUGAGGAUUUUUUUUUUUUAGGUUAUUUUGUGUUCUUAAUUUAGCUCUCAAUUCUUAUCCAUACAGUAGAGUGAGACCACACAAAGGCCAAUGUGAAACUGUCUGUUGUUCAAAAUAUAGUCUUAUGAUGUAUCUUAUUUUGUAGGCCUACCUGUACACGGAUGGACCAUGAUGAGCCAAGAAUCCAAAGGAAAGGGAAUAUUUAUGGUUAGCACUUCACAAUGAAAGUCUUUCCCUCUAUAUGGCUGCUUUGUGCUAUGUUGGGGCCACACUACCUGAUUUUUUUUUUAUUUUCUCAAUAUUAUAUGAAACUCUGUUUGUAGAGGAAGUUAAACCGUUGCUUUAAAAUAUAAAUGUACACUGCCAACAUGAUCUGGUAUAUUUGUACUUAACAUAUAAUCAGUUGAUAUAUAUAUGAUUAAAAAAAUAACUUCUUUAUAUUUGUCACUUUUUUUCACCCCCUCCAUGAACAUUGCUGAAUUUUGCUCUAAUUGAGCUUGUAAAAGUAGAUAUUAUAGAAUUACCAUGAUUGUAAACCAAUACAUGUGUAUGAAUAAUAAAUUCCUCAUGAAAAA